ACAAACCGGAUUUUUGUUGCUCCUGAGACCUCCCCCCCCACCCUUCUCCUGGAAGAGGGUGGGUUGGCCCUACCCGCGGAUAUAUUUGCAACUGACAGCCGGGGACUGUGGAGCUGUCGGCCCCUGCUUCGCUGUGGCCAAGACGACUGAACCAGCAACCGCCCGGCGCCGCGCCACAUGCGAAGCGCAUGAGUUCGAUCGCGAGCUGAGGUCGCGGUUAUCCGCAGCGCUGCACGCACCCUCCACCCCCCCCCCCCACCGCCAUGGCUGCUCGCCGCACUUCUUAUUUCGAGUUCGUGACCAAGACCCGGGGAGCGAAGGAGCAGGAUGCCAAGGCCGAGGAGCUCCCGGUGGUCAAGACGCUGCGCAGCGGCUUCCCAUGCCACCCGUCGUGCAUGGCGUACGACCCGGUGCAGCGGCUGCUCGCGAUGGGCACUCGCUCCGGCUCGCUCUGCGUCUACGGCCAGCCAGGUGUGGAGAGGUUCUGCGAGCACGAGUCGGAGGCCGGGGUCCUUCAGCUGCACUUCCUCGUCAACGAGGGAGCGCUGGUUAGCGUGUGUUCCGAUGACAAACUGCACAUGUGGAGUCUGCGACAACACACUCCGGUCCUGGUCCACUCGCUCACGCUGGAGCCCAAAGCAAGCAUCACGAGCAGCCACCUGCCGUUCCGGAGCAAGUGGCUGUACGUGGGCACAGCCAAGGGCAACGUGCACGUGGUCGCCGUGGAGAGCUUCGCGCAGUCCCAGUACAGCAUCAUGUGGAAUGACGCCGCGGGGCCUUCUCAUCCUGGAGACGUGAUUCACAUCAGCGAGAAUCCUCUCGAUGAAGACAAGCUUCUCGUAGGCUAUGAGACCGGGCUCAUUGUGCUGUGGGAUAUCAAGUCACGGAAGCCUCACUACAGAUACGACUGUGGCCAGGACCUGCACUCGAUGGCUUGGCAGAGCAAUGGGGAGCAGGCGGUGUGCGGGUUAGAGGAUGGUACCGUUGGCACCUGGAGCUUGCGGAAUCCCAGAAAACUCGGCUGCCUAACCAUGCCACAUGAUGCCGAGUGGAGUGGCCCUAUCAUGAAGGUUGACCACAGGAGCUGUGCGUCUGGGGAGUCAGUGGUUGUGUUCACGGGGAGCUCGGCAGAGACCAGCGGUGCCCAGAGGAGCAUCUUCAUCGUCUGCGGCAGCAACGUCCACACCACCGACAUGGAUUCGGACAUCGUGGACUUUGUGAUGCUCAGCAACUCCCCGUACGCUGGCGAUUUGCAGAACCCCUUUGCGGUGGCAGUUCUCCUGGAGGAGGAGCUGCUGAUGAUCGAUCUCGAGAAGGAAAGCUGCCCCUUGAUGGAGAGCCCGGCUUCCCUGAGGCUGCACCAGUCGGACGUCACCUCCUGCCUGUACUGCUGCCCCUGCUCGCCGGACUUCCUCGCCGCCCUUUGCGGUGCCAGCGGGACCAAGGCUCGGCAGAGGAGCGUCAGCAGGCGGUGGCCACUACGAGGGGGCAAGCCCAGCCUGGAGAAGCCGGACUCUGUGGAGGUCAUCCUCACCGGCCACUCCGAUGGAACCCUGAAGAUUUGGGACGGAUCGGGAGGCACGCUGGCGCUGCUGACGGAGGUGGACGCGGGGGCCGUGUUUGAGCGAGAGGACUCGACGCUCUCCGAUACCGGCGGGGGCGGCGGUGGAGGCGACGGUGGCCUCGCGAUCCGGCACGUGUGCCUGUGCCGCCGGAGCCACGUGGCGUGCGUGGCGCUCGCCUGCGCCCACGUGCUCCUCUAUGCGCUCCGCGACCGGGAGGUGCACGGCGCUAUCGGCGUUGUAGACGUCGGGAGGCCCAGCCGGAACGACUCCCCGGACGUGCCGGCCUCCGAUCCAGCGUCGCCGCGGCCGAGUAGCCCGCUGUGCGGCCAGGCGACGUCACGCGGCGAUUUCAACGAGGGGCCGAGCUCCGAACUCAACAGUCCCAGGCUAUGCAGGGGUGCGCUGCGCCAGGCCGCUGGAUACCAGCUGGAGGCCGUGGUUCGAGUCGUUGGGGCCGGCAGCGCCGCUUCUGUGUCCAGCGUGGCACUCUGCUCCGAGCACAACCUUGUGGCAAUAGGCCACAACUUCGGAGUGACGGUGGUGGACUUCAAACAGAAGAGUGUGUUAGCCAGCUUCAGCAUGUCUGUUGUGCUGGGAGGCACAGAUGCCCCGAUGAAUACCAACACCAACAGAGAGAGCUUUGUAGAGAGCACCGAUGGUUCGCUGGAAGAAGACCAUUCAAAAUCUUCUCCAGUGUACUCCCCGCGGCGUCUGAGCGUGAUGAUGGAGAAAGUCAUGAAGGGGAGGAGAAAAAGUGCUUCUGCAGACCAGGGGUCCCCUAAAGCGGAGGGCCCCGUCGCCGCGGAGGGCCCGCCGUCGUCGGAGGCCACGGCCGACCGCGAGCCGCUGGCCGUGAGCCGCCUCUGCUUCGGCGAGCCGAACGGCACCGCCCGCCCCGGCCUCGUGUGGGCGGCGACUAGCAGGGGGACGGUCGCCAGCCUCGCGCUGAAGUCGCCGCGGGGGGAUCGGCGCUCCAGCCAGCCGGCCGUCUUCGGCCAAAACCGGAAGGUGAAAACCCUGGGUGGCCCCGUGCUGUGCCUCGCUCUCCUCGACCACGACUCCCGGCUACUGGAGCCCGGCGGCUCGUCGUGGCAGGGUCCCGCCAGGGCCUUCACCGUGCAGCAUCGCUCCUGCUCCACCGGAUCCUUCGCCGAGUUUGCCGGCGCGGCGGCGGCGGAGGCCGUGGGCGCGCCGAGUGGCGCCGGGCUGGUGCUGGCAUGCGCCGAGCGGCAGGCGCGCGUGUGGGGCGCCAAGGCUUCGUACAAACGCUCGCUGUGCGACGCGGGCGCGCCGGUGGCGAUAAGGGCCAGCGCGGUGGACGUGGAUGGGGAGACGCGCCUCGCCUGCCUGCACGUGGACGGCAACGUCGCCGUGUUCCAGCUGCCGGCGUUGGCGCAGCUGUUCUGUGUGUCCCUGCUGCCCGUGCUGGGCCUGAGGGCCGCUCGCACCGCCUGCUUCGCCAACGGCGGGCACGUGCUCUACAUGGGCGGCCCCGGGGAGAUGCGCAGGGCGGCACUGGUGGGCGCGGAGCAAGGCGCCAUUGAUGCGGAGUACAGAGGAGACCUUUUCAUUUCCGUGCCGCAUCCCGAGCCCACGAAUAACCAGUUCUUCAAGAAGCUCUUCAAAUCCUGGGGCUUCUCACUGGACAAGAGGGAGCUCUUCGGCGACACGAUACCCAGCCACCCCGCCCCGUCGCGCCCGAGCCCUGGCAGCCAGCUUCAGCGCCCCCUCUGCUCCGACGGGGGAUCCCGGAAUACCGCCCGGGAUCUCGGGCCGGGGCCUGGGUCGUCGCCGCUCAUCAGGGGGGAUACGUCGUCCUUUGACCGCCUGUUCAAGGGCAUCGCGGAACGCGGGGAUGUGCUGCAAGAUGCGGUGAUCAAAACCACGGAGAUGGAGAGCAGUGCUGGAAAACUGCUGCAGCUAAGCGAGAAGCUUAUGAGGGAGUGCCAGGGCCGGCGAUUCUCCCACAAGUGAAAAAAGCUCGGCCACGACAAAACCCGCGGCGACGCGGGGCGCUCCGCCGCCGUGGCCGCGGCCACGGGGAGGGAGCCAGCCCAGCAUCGGUGCCGGCGUGUCCGGCAGACAGCCCGCCUGUGUGUGGCCUGCGGGGCCCUCCCCCAUCAGCCCCUGCGUGUUGUCCGAUGGACUGGCAGCGCCAGUGGUAAAUCGGCUCUCGCGGCCGGGAAAGGCCACGCUGGGUUUGAUUUCUCCGAUUCGUGGGGCUUGUCCGCGUGUCCAAGUCGAGUUCUCUCCCCGCUUGUUCUGCAUGGGCUUCUUCCGCUGGGUCAGCUCGGUCUCCUUUCGUAGCAAACACAACAGCGGCAGCAACAAAUGUAAGUGGUGUUGGCCAACAAACCGUGCCUCAAAUGCUGAAAAAUUUACCUGGAAAUUACUUACCUGGGUGUAACACAGCAGCGGCAGCUGCUGUGUUGAAAGUCAUUCUUGGGUGAACAAGUGUCAACACAAUCACAACAAAUAAGACAAACGGUGGCGAGUCUGUAAUUCAAUUGGCUUUUCCAGACUGAUAUUAGCAAGCGCACGCACGGAUCGCUGACAACGUUCGUUGCGAAUGCGUUGCCGAGCUGUAUAUACCGCACAGUACGCCACACAACACAGCACACGCCAAUUUGCCGCUUGAGUGGCGUUGACGCCACCGCGGCGCUUGUGCCAGGCUAGGUGUACCUCGACUUAAGUUUUUACAGCGCGAACGAGGUGCCGGGCGGACGGCACGCCCGUGAGCGAGCACGAGGCAACACUAAGUUCACAACGGACAACGUCAACGCCACGUCUCGCGAGGCAGGCAGCCGUACGAGAAGACUGUGGGGGCGAGCGCUUUCGAGCGAGCGUCCCACAAGGGACACGAGGCAGCCGUGGCGCUCUGGCCCCGAGUUAGUCAAACAAGAAUAGUUGUUAGACAAGUGCCGGGUACUCGUGAUUGUGUGCAAUGUGAGCGCAGGGUGUGUGGCUGCCUAAUAAAUCGAUUGUAAAAGCUCGGCGA